UGACAGUUUAUUUCCAGUUCCGAAGUAAAACCCCCACUAGUGUUGGUCAGAUGUGGUAAGAUCUGAGUGCCUCUGUUUCUCAAGUGUUGAAACAGACCUAUUGGAUUCCUUCUACCAAGAACUACUGGACAACACUUCAUGAAGAAGAAAUACCGAAUCUCUGAAGGGGAGCAAUGAGAGCUCCUUCUCUGUGGAUCCUUCUUGUCGUGUGGAUUUUUGUACAGACAGCUUCCUUUGAAGAGAAUGCUCACCAGUACGAUGCUUGUCAAAAGUGCAACUCUGAUAACUUCUGCAACUGCUCCUGGGGGACUUUAGAGAAUGUUCCAUGUGUAUUGGAAAAUGUCUCCGUGUUUGACCUGUCUCACAACAAAAUCUCACAGAUUAAGGACACUGAUUUCAUAACAUAUGUGAAGCUCAAAAGACUUCUAUUGCAAUCAAAUCAAAUCCAGUCUAUUGCUGACCAGGCAUUCCAGCGCAACACACAGCUGGAGUAUCUUGACUUGUCGAAUAAUCUUUUGACUCAGCUGUCGCAGAACUGGUUUAAAUAUCUUUCCAAAUUACAACACCUCAACAUUUUAGGGAAUAAAUACACAGAUUUAGGAUCAGGGGGAAUUUUCUCAAACCUGGCACAACUCAGAUGGUUAGAAUUUGGCAAUCCUUCUCUAUCUCUUCUAAAGGAAGAUGACUUUGUAGGAGUUACACAUUUGGAUGAGUUUAUUGUAAAAGCAGAGAAGUUACUUGUGUAUCAGAAAGGAAGUUUCAGUUCAUUCAGAAAUAUAAGUCAUGCUGCCUUGAGUUUGCAUGAUACAUUUCUGAACGAACCAAGCCAAGCUCAGCAGAUUCUUUUCGAUUUAUCGGGAUCCACCACCCACAUAGAGCUGAGAGACUUAGUAUUUCCCGAUAAAACAGACAAUCUGCUAUUUUCCACUAAAGGCAAUGCAUUAAUAAGGAAGUUCACCUUCAGAAAUGUUUCUCUUACUGACAGUACUGUGAUUAGUUUUAUAAAUUCAAUGAAAAACACAAAAUUAUCUGAACUAGUAGCGCAAGACUGUGUGCUUUCGGGAACGGGGAAAUGGCGCAGAAUAACUUCCCAAACAAACAGCUUUCUACAAUCAAUAACAUUAAGUAACAUAUCCAUUAGAAAGUUUUAUUUAUUUUAUGAACUUUCAGGUAUUGGUCCCCUAUUAGAAUCCAUUAAAAAAGCCACAUUUACAAAACUAAAGAUGUUCCUGAUGCCCUGCCAUGUAUCCAGAAAAUUAAAAAAUGUGCACUACCUUGAUUUAACAGACAAUUUGCUCAGUGACGGUAUUAUGCCGGAAACUCUUUGUUCAGGAGCUUGGUCUUCUGUGCAACAUCUUAUUCUGAGAAAGAAUGAUUUUAAAAACCUGUGUACAAUAAGCUCAAAAUUAUCCACACUUUCUAAUCUUACCCAUUUAGAUUUAAGUCAGAAUAGUUUUCGCGACAUAAAGACUUCAUGCAAAUGGUCUGAAAAUCUACAAUUUCUAAACCUUUCGAGUUGUAAUAUUAAAAGCAUUAUAAAUGGUGUCCCUCCAAAUGUUGAAGUAUUGGAUUUAAGUAACAAUGCCAUCAGCAGUUUUGACAUUAAUGUGCCUUCUCUCAAAGAAUUAAAUGUGUCCAAUAAUAAGUUUAAAAGUUUACCAGGUGGUGGCUACUUACCAAAGAUGGAAAUUCUGAAGAUCAGCAGCAAUAAACUCACUUCACUCACAGGUGAAGAAAUCAAGGCAUUUAAGAAGCUUCAAUUUUUAGAGGCUGGAAAAAAUAAUUACAUUUGUUCAUGUGAAUUCCUGUUUUAUAUGAAUAAUGACAUAACAGUGCAACUGUUGGGUGGAACAGAAAAUUAUGUCUGUGAUUCACCUCUAUUUCUCAGGGGAAUGUUUGUACAAAAUACUAAGCGCUCUUUUUUUGACUGUCACACAACAUUGUCCCUAGUCUUUCUGUGUGUUGGCAUAUGUUUGGCAGUAGCCAUUGUUGGGAUGAUGUGCUACAAGUAUCAUGGGAUCUGGUAUAUCCAAAUGAUAUGGGCAUGGCUGAAGGCAAAGAGGAAACCAAAGAAAGUGAGGAAUUAUGAUCUUUGUUAUGAUGCAUUUGUUUCUUAUAGUGAGAUGGACUCAGAGUGGGUGGAAAACUUCCUGGUAAGAGAGUUAGAAAGUGCUCAUCCACCACUGACACUCUGCCUUCAUAAGCGUGAUUUCAUCCCAGGGAAGUGGAUAAUUGACAACAUUAUUGAUUCCAUUGAGAAAAGCAGGAAAUCCCUAUUUGUUUUAUCUCAACAUUUUGUUCAGAGUGAGUGGUGCAAGUACGAGCUUGACUAUACCCAUUUCCGUCUAUUUGAUGAAAACGAUGAUACAGCCAUACUUGUUCUGUUGGAGUCAAUUCCAAAGGAGACUAUUCCUCAGAGAUUUUGCAAGCUGAGGAAACUGAUGAAUACAAAAACCUAUUUGAAAUGGCCACAGGAUGAAGUAGAACAGCAGAACUUCUGGCUUUCUUUAAAAGUAGCAUUAAAAGAAGGAACAAAUGUAACAUGAGGUGCACAAUUUCUGUACAAAAUGACUAAUAUACAUCCAAUUAGCCCCUUUAAAAUAAAGACAAAUAUUGGUUUAUAAUGAUGUGACUUAUAUGCACAAAAAGUAUGGAUAGCAGUUCAUGUUCGAAAUCCCAUUUAACAGUAAGUGUGUCUUUUUACUGAAUGCAGAACAAAAAGGAAGUGAAAUGCAGCUAGGACAAUAAUGAACAUAGGUACACUUGUAAGUUGUUGAACAUAACACAUAUAUUUUCAUAUACUUUCACAUAAGUAACACAUUUUUUAAUGUAUGUUUUUCAAAAAUCUGCUCCAUUCCAUAAUGUCCUGCUUCUUCUACUGCAUAUGUCCGUCAGAACUGACUGUCUCUGAGGAUUUAUUAAACUGGCUUUUCUUCAAGGAUAAGUCAAGCCAAUGAGCACUUACAGCCAUUUCAACUAGUUGGGCAUCACAGUUGACCUAAUGGAGAUUCAUGACAUAAUUAAGGGCAUUGAAUACAUAACAUUUACACAUAAUAUAACCUCAUCAAAUUAUGGUUUUGACAUCAAUGACAUGCUCUUCUUGAAAAUUAGUCAUCCAUGGAAAAGAAAACCCCUCUUGCAGUACUAUAGUGACUUACUAGCAGCUUCUCUGCUGUUGCUUAUACAAAUUUCUCUCUUAUUAACAUUUUCAGGAGAAUUGUUGGUUACUGUUUAGCUUGGAUGUGCUGAAGGUUUAACAUUAAGCUAUCAAACCUUCAUUCACAGUUUGUAUUGAGGAAACAACUUUAUUGGCAACUCUUUGGGGUUGGAUGUAAAAAUAUAAAUAUAUGCAAAGUGUAACAAUGAGAUAUACUUAAAAUAAAUGAAUGUAUACUGAA